AUGCCCGACCUGGCGUCUCAGCAGCACCUGGCGGAGGCAUCGAGAAGGGCCAUGUCCAUCGACUACUGCCGGGAGCAAGGGGGCAACGCGCUGACGCGCUGGAUGCGCGGCACCCCCAUCGACGUGAACUACGACUUUCGCCGCUGGCGGAAGCAUCAGGUUGCUUCAAGGCACCUGCAACUGUGGUCUCUCCGCAAUAUUUUCAGGUGGGACCUGCUGCGGCGCCUGCUGUUCCCCGACUUGGCGUGGCUGGGCCUCGGCAGCGGCCUCCUCUGUCUGUACAACGUGCAUUUGGCUGCCUGCGGCCUGGGGUUGAUGUCUCUGCCGCUGGUUACAGUGACGAUGCCUUCCUUUGCGUUGGGCCUUUUGAUCACCUUCAAGACCCAGAGCGGGUAUGAUCGCUUUAUCGAGGGCCGCAGACUAUGGGAGCACCUGCUGCGUGAGUCCCGGGCCUUGGGCAGCCGCCUGCUGCUGCGGGUGCCGGGGGCCAGCGGCACGGCGUGCACCCCGGUCUUCAACGCGCAGCAGCGCGCCCUGAAGCUUCUGACCAGCUUCGCGGUAGCGCUGAAGUACCACCUCACGGAGGACGGCUGCAACCCCCACAUCAAGCUGGGUGCGAAAGUUUUGGAGGAGGAUGUGCGGAAGGCCACCACCAGGGCCUUCAAGGCUGAGCUGGGCGGGAUCUGGAGCCUCGAGUGCGCGGAAGAGCGCGCCAUCGUGGACCGUAUCCUGUCGAGCACUGCGGCCAAUCGGCCGCUGCAGAUUCUGCAUGAGCUGGAGCACUUGAACAGCAGUGUCUUCUCGGUGGCCCAGCUCGGGGGCCUGGAGCCCCCGGCGGCCAACGAGGUGGACCGCUCCCUGACGGCCCUCCACAACGUGCUGGGUGCCUGCGAGAAGAUCUUGCGGACGCCCAUCUACACGCCGUACAGCCGCUUCACCAGCCGCUUCCUCUUCGUGUGGUGCAACGCGCUGCCGCUGGGCUUGUUCCCAAUCCUGGGUCCUGAGCUUACGGUGCCCACGACUCUGGUGAUCUCCUUCUUCAUGCUGGGUAUCGAAGACAUCGGCUCUCGCGUGGAGCAGCCCUUCGAUGUGCUUCCGCUCUGGCAGUAUUGUGAGGACGUCGAUGCCUCUUGCAAGCAGCUGUUGGACCACAGCAAGGCGUUAGGCCGCUUCCCUGGCCAUGUGGAGACACCGGAAAACGAGCUUUUACGGCAGCAGCUAGGCCCCUUUGUGAGCAGCAUUUCGGUGUGA